UGCGGUGCCGCCGUCCCCGGGUGCCUCCUGCGCCGGCUCCAUGCGCGGAGCGGCCGGCACCGCGCUGCCGCGCCGGCCAUGAGCAACAGGACGUCGCCCACCAGCCCCGGCGCCGCCAGCAGCGACUCCCUUGUGGGCUACGUCCUCGUGCCCUUCGUCCUCGUCACCGUCGUCGGCGUCGUGCUGGCCCUGACCAUGUAUGUGCAGAAGAAGAGGAGGUUUGACCGGCUGCGCCACCGGCUGCUGCCCAUGUACAGCUACGACCCGGCCGAGGAGCCCGCCGAGGCCGAGCAGGAGCUGCUGGUGGAGGCCGAGGACGCCCGGGUGGCGCCCGGCUGGGGGGGCUCCCAGCCCCGCCGCUCCCUGCGCUCCGACUGGCGGGUCUGA